GGGAGAUAACUCUUAGUCUGUAGCAGUGACAGCAUUUGCAGCCGACAGUCACAAUGUCGAAGAGUCGAGGUCCUCUCGUGGGUGCCAUCGACCAGGGCACGAGUAGCACAAGGUUCCUCAUUUUCUCCAGUAAGACGGCAGAGCUUGUUACGUACCACCAGACUGAGAUCAAACACCACCUGCCUCGAGAAGGAUGGGUUGAGGAAGAUCCGCUCGAGAUCUUGGAGACCGUGAGAACCUGUAUGGCAGCGGCCAUUGACAACCUGAAGCGCCUCGACAUUCCCGUCACUGACAUCAAAUGUCUUGGGAUCACCAAUCAAAGGGAGACAACUGUUGUGUGGGACAAGACAACUGGAGAACCCCUGUACAAUGCCAUCGUGUGGCUGGAUCUCCGAACAGCAUCAACGGUGGACAGUCUGGUGGAGAAGACACCGCAGCGUAGCAAGGACUACCUUAGGCCCAAGUGUGGCCUCCCCAUCACCACCUACUUCAGCGCAGUGAAACUCCGCUGGCUGUUGGACCACAGUGAGAAGGUGAAGGUCGCGGUCAAGGAAGGUCGAUGUCUGUUUGGCACAGUUGACUCCUGGUUACUAUGGAACAUGACAGGAGGGCCAAAUGGCGGCAAACACUACACCGACGUCACCAACGCCAGCCGCACCAUGCUGAUGAGCCUCCACACACUCGAGUGGGACGACAGUCUGUGCAGAUUCUUUGACAUUCCCAAGGAGAUCCUGCCGGAGAUCCACAGCUCCUCGGAGAUCUACGGCCAUGCUGUUGACGGACCGCUCAAAGGCCUGCCUAUAUCAGGGAUCCUGGGGGACCAGCAGGCUGCACUGGUUGGACAGACCUGCUUCAAGCUCGGCCAGGCCAAGAACACGUAUGGCACGGGGUGCUUCUUACUGUACAACACUGGGACCAGCCCUGUGGAGUCCAAGACUGGACUGCUCACUACUGUUGCCUACAAACUCGGCAAGUCCAAGCCAGUCGUGUACGCCCUGGAGGGCUCCAUUGCUAUAGCUGGGGCAUGCGUCCGGUGGCUGCGCGACAACAUGGGCAUCAUCAAGACAUCCCCAGAAGUUGAUGAGCUGGCAGCUCGGGUUGACAGCACUCACGGCUGCUACUUUGUUCCGGCGUUCUCUGGGUUGUUUUGUCCGUACUGGCAGUCGGACGCCAGGGGGGUCAUCUGUGGGUUGAGUCAGUUCACCAGCAGAGAGCACAUCUGUCGUGCUGCUCUAGAGGCUGUUUGCUUCCAGACAAGGGAGAUCCUGGAGGCAAUGGACAAGGACAGUGGAAUCCCCCUGUCGUCCCUCCAGGUGGACGGCGGCAUGACCAUCAGCAACAUCUGCAUGCAGCUGCAGGCCGACAUCCUCGGCAUGAAAGUUGUACGACCAUCGAUGCCAGAGACCACGGCGCUAGGGGCAGCAAUGGCUGCCGGUGCAGCAGAGGGGAUUGAAAUUUGGAGUCUCGACCCAAAGGACCUGACCACAAUCACCACUGAUGUGUUUGAACCCUCGGUGUCCAAGCAGGAUCGUGACAAGCGGUUCCUGCGCUGGAAGAUUGCCGUGGAGAAGAGUAUGCACUGGGCGACGGAGGAGCAGCAGACAGCAUAGCGGGGAGAUCCUACAUGCAGCGUGCGAUUCCUGGCGGACUUUACUUCUGGGGGUCGUUUGGGCUGCUGAUCCUUGCUGAGAUUGUUGGUAACAGAUGACAACGUCCUUCUAUAUAGGCAGCAUAACCAGUCAUAUACUCACUCUAGUGUCCACCUCAUGGUCGCUGAAGGCAGCUGUUUGCACCCUGGUGGAGUGGCAGACAGUGUGGAACUUCAUUCAUCUUCCACAGUUCGACGAUCAUCAACAGCAGUAAACUGAUGUCAUGAUGAAGUGUGAAGUAAUCUGAUAUCCACAGUAGUUGUUUUUUGUGUGAAUGUUGUCCUGAUGUGCUGGACACAAGUGUCCCAGUUUGCCCGCCGUCAGGCAGUGUGAGAGAAAUACAGACAGUAAACAUCAUGGUAUCCCACCCCCCACCUCAGAGUCCAGCAGUAUUGCACACAGUUUACCUCAUGGUAAACCCCUCCUUUCUCCCAUCUUCCCACAGUCCAGCAGUAUUACAGACAGUAAAUUCCAUGGUUACCCCAUCCCCAAUCUCCCAUCUCCACACAGUCCGGCAGUAUCACAGACACCGUAACCUUCAUGGUAACCCCCUCCCCAGUCUGCCAUCUCCCCACAGUCCGGCAGUAUCACAGACACCGUAACCCUCAUGGUAACCCCCUCCCGAAUCUCCCAUCUCCCCACAGUCCGGCAGUAAUACAGACACUGUAACCCUCAUGGUAACCUUGUCCCCAAUCUCCCCACAAUCCAGCAGUAUCACAGACACUGUAACCGUCAUGGUAAACCCCUCCCCAAUCUGCCAUCUCCCCACAGUCCGGCAGUAUCACAGACACCGUAACCCUCAUGGUAACCCCCUCCCCAAUCUCCCAUCUCCCCACAGUCCAGCAGUAAAACAGACACUGUAACCCUCAUGGUAACCUUGUCCCCAAUCUCCCCACAAUCCAGCAGUAUCACAGACACUGUAACCGUCAUGGUAAACCCCUCCCCAAUCUGCCAUCUCCCCACAGUCCGGCAGUAUCACAGACACUGUAACCCUCAUGGUAACCCCCUCCCCAAUCUCCCAUCUCCCCACAGUCCAGCAGUAAUACAGACACUGUAACCCUCAUGGUAACCUUGUCCCCAAUCUCCCCACAAUCCAGCAGUAUCACAGACACUGUAACCGUCAUGGUAAACCCCUCCCCAAUCUGCCAUCUCCCCACAGUCCGGCAGUAUCACAGACACCGUAACCCUCAUGGUAACCCCCUCCCCAAUCUCCCAUCUCCCCACAGUCCAGCAGUAAUACAGACACUGUAACCCUCAUGGCAACCUUGUCCCCAAUCUCCCCACAAUCCAGCAGUAUCACAGACACCGUAACCCUCAUGGUAACCCCCUCCCCAAUCUCCCAUCUCCCCACAGUCCAGCAGUAAUACAGACACUGUAACCCUCAUGGUAACCUUGUCCCCAAUCCCCCCACAAUCCAGCAGUAUCACAGACACUGUAACCGUCAUGGUAAACCCCUCCCCAAUCUGCCAUCUCCCCACAGUCCGGCAGUAUCACAGACACCAUAACCUUCAUGGUAACCCCCUCCCCAAUCUCCCAUCUCCCCACAGUCCAGCAGUAAUACAGACACUGUAACCCUCAUGGUAACCUUGUCCCCAAUCUCCCCCUAAUCCAGCAGUAUCACAGACACUGUAACCGUCAUGGUAAACCCCUCCCCAAUCUGCCAUCUCCCCACAGUCCGGCAGUAUCACAGACACUGUAACCGUCAUGGUAAACCCCUCCCCAAUCUGCCAUCUCCCCACAGUCCGGCAGUAUCACAGACACCAUAACCUUCAUGGUAACCCCCUCCCGAAUCUCCCAUCUCCCCACAGUCCGGCAGUAUCACAGACACCGUUAGUCUUCCAUGAUAUCCCUCCAGGGCCCUGUUCAACAAAGUGAUCUAAGCGCUAAGAUGAUCAUAACUCCCAUACUUUAACAUAGACUUACAACAAUCAUAGCCCUACGAUUGCUUUGUGGAACAGGGCCCAGGGCUGCUUCACUGAGUCAAAUUACAGUUGUAGGAAUAGCAUGAUAUUGCACAGCUACUCAAGGCUACUCAAGGUUUUAAUGUGCAGCCUUAGCCAAAGCAGCCUAUCAGACACCACAACACCCUGUUCACAUGUCCUGAGAUGUGGUGUUGUCAGCAACUGUCAGCAACCUGUCAGCAAAUCACAUUCCUGCCCUUGAAACACAAGGCACAUCAGGUGACUCAACUGAGAGGUUGUGUGCUGUACCCUCACUAUAGGCCUACAACUUAUACCCACUUGUUAUACCUUGUUUUGUUAGCUUUUGCAUAUUUUUGUCAGUUAUGUAUACCUCACAUGUGAAAAGGAUUGUCUGCAUAAACACAUUUACCCCAUGUGUGUCAUGUACUCAGUGGAAGGAUGAUUGUGAAGACCUCCUACUUGUAAAGACAGAUGGUGUUUUCACAAAUAUAACAUACUCAGUUGUAUAUGGGUUGUAACAUCAAGAAAGGUGGUCACUUACUGUACCCAUCAGUGUAUCAACAUUGAUUUAAGUUCAUGGAACAAUGUUUGUAUACACUGUACUUGGUUCCACUAUUUCUUGUGCAGAGUUGUGUCCCUUUGUCAUCCCAGGAUCUGCUGAUUGUGGCAUCGAAUAGCAGAUGCCACUCAUUAUGGUCCUUGAUUUGUCGGAUCAUUUCUAUUCUCUGUCGUAAAGAGAUGAAGAUUUCUAUGUAUGAAGACCAUCUCUUGUAAUAUAUUCAAAGAUCAUGAAUAUAUUUUAUGAUAGAAUUAUUUAUUCUGUAACAAACUGUACUUAAGCAGGGUCUAUACUUAAACCUUGGUACCUUCAUUGAUGGUACUUAACUGCUUGGAGACCUUUUCCAAUAUGAACUUGAUACAGAUGUCAAGAAAGUUUUGAAAGCAGUAAACAGUACAUUUGUCGGGUAAAUAUAUCAGUGUUCUGUGUAGACCAACGAAGCCAGGUUUAUGUCUCCUCAACUGACACGUAGACACUGCCAUUGAUCUGCACCGGGUGUGUCUGUCAGUUUUGUUCCAAGAAUUAUUCCAUCUCACAUUCUCCAGACAAUUGAGUGACCUUGGUGUUCAAUAACUGGAUACACUUCAACAUCAUGUGACCUUCAUGCAUAUAUGUGUAAAGUCCAUGUAUUUCAGCGUUAUAAAAAGAACAUCUGCAAUAAUAACAUGUUUUCUAUUGAA